AUGUUGGAGGUAGAUCCGAAGAAACGACCAACAUCAAAAGAGCUUGUACAAAUGAUUCGAAAUAUGAUUGAAGGAAAGUCACUGGGCUGGGAAGAAAGUAGUGGAAAUGAGGAUUCUUCCACUUUAAGAAAAAGGAGAGUUGCCAUCACGGUAUCAAAAACAGCACUCACACCCAUUCAGAAAUUAUUUUACAGUUCAGGUGUGAGUAAAAUAAGAAUGGAUCCAAUCAUGUAUGAGGAUUUUGAUGGAAGUGAAACUAAUUUAUCUGCUUUUUGCAUUCAUCAGGAUUUGUUCCAGUUGGAAACAAGUUCAACAAUUCCAAAAUUUGAUAAUGAUACGGAAUUGUCAUGGAUUAAUUCGUACCAUCCACAAUAUUUGAAUACCAUUAGCUCCAUGUCACUCAAUCAAUUAUUUCUCAUACUGGCCUCUCCAAUGGUUCAUUUUCUACCUCUAUUUCCUCAAUCCGUGCAAAAUAGGAAGGAAAGGUUUAUAGAGACAAUCCUUUUCACCUAUCCAAUCUUUACAACCCCACAAGUAUUGUUAAAGAAGUGCUUUGAGACGCUUUCGAAUAUUCCACUCCAAUUUUUAGAAUUUCCAAUCAUGUAUGAGGAUAUUGAUGCAGAAUGCGAAGAUAUUUGGAAAAAUGAUUAUGGAUUCCAAAUCAAUGAGAAAUAUACAUACUGGAGAUAUUGCAAUUCAUUAUAUGAGUACAAGAUAUUUUCAAUUCUGGAGUUUAUAAUUAAGUGGAUUAAAUUCAGAAUUGAUGAUUGGAAUUCAGCAAUGUUUGAUUUCCUUCAUCAUAUAACAAAAGAAUGUUUUGAAUUGAAAGGAUUCAAAUCACUGACAGAUUCUUGCAUCUCACUUAUUGAUCUUGCUCAACAAUACCAAAAAGAUAGCGAAACGGAAUUUGAAAUCAAUAGGAUUUUUGUGGAAAUAAUAGACUCUUUCAGAUUGGAACAAGUUCAAAAUGAAAAUGAAGAAUAUCACUCAGAGCUUAGAGACAAGAGAUUGGAAACACCAGUUGACUUGAUGAACGAUCACAGGAAAUUUGCUGCUCCAAAACCAAUAAUUCCUAUGAGCAUAUUCAACGACAAUUUUAGUUGGUAUGAAUUAGAUAAGAUUGAAAUUGCAAGGCAAUUAUCCCUCCGUGACUAUGAUUACUUUAAAGAAAUUGAUCCCAAUGAAUAUUUUGAAUGGAUCAGACAUGAUAACAAUCAUAGUGGAAGAAGUGCUUGUAAAGCUAUUAUAGAAAUGAAAAUGAUUGGCAGUUUGACAAUCUCCAUGCUCGUGUUUUCAAUUCUCAGUCAAGUAAAUAUCAAGGAGAGAAAAGAACUUCUUUGUAAGGUUAUUGAUUUGAGCUUGGAAUUAUUCAAUUUGAACAACUUUUUUGGAGUGGAUUAUGUGUUGCAAGCUCUACAGCAUUCAUCUGUGAAGAGAUUGGAGCACACUUGGAAAGAAAUUGAUAGGAAAAAGAUUCAACAAUAUGAAAAGCUGUGCUAUGAUAUGGAACACGAUUAUAGGAAAAUUACAAUACAGCUCGCAAGAAAUAAUGCAAUCCUCAUUCCAGUGUUUAUGGAACAUUUCAAGGAUAUUCGAUCUGUGGAUGAAGCGUUCGAGAAUGUCAUUCAGGACGAGCAGGGAAAUCAACUCAUUCAUUGGAAGAAAGUAUCAUUCCUCUAUUCAACCAUUAUUGAACCACUCUCAUACAAAUGUUAUCCACCCUUACUCUUUCAAAAAGUUUUUCAAAUCCAACAAAUUCUUAAACGAGAAUACAUCCAAAACUUUAACUUUUCCUUUGAAUUAUUCAUGAAAGAUAGUUAUGCAAGAGAAGGUUCUUCAACUCCAAGAAAGGAUAUUUUAUAA